UAGUCACUCAGUUACACAACCGCUUUCAGUUUCCGAGCCCUGCCUGCCUGCCUGGUGGCUCCCCGCCCACCGCUGCUCUCUGCUGCCCGCCCGCCUGCCUGCCUGCUGGGCGGACUGGGGCAAAUCCGAUCCGACCAGUUCCGUGUUCUCUCCGCACCCAGUACACGGAGCAGACGGAACGGGAGGACCUGGCGGUGUCAUGGUGGACAUUCCUGCCCAGCCACGGCAUCCAUAACUCCGGGGGGAAGAGCGAAAGUGUACACGGAGGUAUCCCAUGUCACCGUGCACCACGGGACAAAGGAAGACGUCAGCAGCUCCAUAACGAUGAAUGAACAGACUGGGACGAGACGGACUACGUAGAAGCCUUUGGCCUCACUGUCGUCAACUGACCUCUGACCCCUUGUGGAUUAAAAAUGGCACUUUGGCAGAGACAGGAAGGCAAGCGAGACAUCUUACGCUCCAGGAAUUCUGGGAAAUUAAGAAACUUGUUUGUCUGAAACAGGAUUGUGUCUUUUUUUUUCUCUCUCUCUCUCUCAAUGGGAUUAACACGGUUCAGUGAAGAUGGAAUAAGAUCUGAGUGGGAGAUGUUCCCAAAGAAAAACUGAUUACAGAAUAGAAUUUGAGUCAAGGAUGGAGCAGGAUUUCACACAGAAGGAUCUCUUAUCUCUGGCAUAAAUUGUGGAUAGUGAACACUUGUAGGCUAUGCACUAGCCUGGACUAACAUUAGCCAGUGUUGGUAACGAUUCCAGCGCUUUCCACCCAACAUUAGCCUGUCACCGCUGUCUUUCCAUUCCUUAUUGUUGUGAACGGACGUUGGACACUUCUAAAUCUAGAAGACAUAGACAUUUCCCUGGUCUCUGCUGUAGCGUUUUAGAAAAAAGGAAACUCCAAACAUGGCUGCCACAGGAAGGAAGCACAUGGUGAAAGACUUUAACCAUUUCAUCACCUGUUACCUGUGCCGAGGUUACCUGAUUAAACCGACCACGGUCACCGAGUGCCUGCACACCUUCUGUAAGAGCUGUAUUGUGCAGCACUUUGAGGAGAGCAAUGACUGCCCUAAAUGUGGCAUUCAGGUGCAUGAGACCAAUCCACUGGAGAUGCUAAGGUUGGACAACACCCUGGAGGAGAUCAUUUUCAAGCUGGUGCCCGGACUCAGAGAAAAAGAGGAACAGCAGGAACUUGAAUUCUGGAAGAAGAACCAGCCCAGAGAAAACGGCCAAGCAGAAAAUGUGAGGUGUCAGAGGCUCGGGCUGCCUGAUGUUGGUGGUGGUGGUGGUGAUGAAGACGACGACGGCAGCAAUGAAGACUACCACAGGAGUGACCCUCAGAUAGCCAUCUGUCUGGACUGCUUACGCAACACGGGACAGUCGGGGGAGAGCACUGUCACGGAUUUAAUGAAGAGGUUCAUCCGCUGCUCCAGUAGAGUCACAGUGGGAACAAUUAAGAAGUUUCUCAGUCUUAAACUAAAGCUGCCUAGCUCUUAUGAGCUGGAUGUGCUUUGUAACGGAGAGAUCAUGGGCAGAGAUCACACUCUGGAGUUCAUCUACAUGACCCGGUGGAGGCUCCAUGGAGAGAAUACGUAUCCCAUGGUUCUUGAGUACCGGCCACGAAUCGACUUUGGAUGAAGCCCCGGCUGCAAGAAGAGGACCACACACACGCACACGCACGCACACACACACACACACACACACACACACACACACAUACACGCGCACGCAGGCAUAUGCAGACAUACUGUACAUGACAAGUAUAUAAAACAUUAGAAAUGCGUACAUUUGCACAAACACACACAAACACCAACAUACACUCACCCACCAUGUGCAGAGAAAGAGAUUUAAAUGUAUUUUUGUACAGCCGAUGAUGAAGUGCAUACGUUGUCAUGCUAAAGAGGUUUUAUGCUACAUAGAAUAAUAUAUGCUAUAAUAUAUGAUAUUUUUAAAUGUACUGUAUGUCCCUGUGCCUAAAAACCUGUCGAGGUCAGAAAUGAAGAAUGACCAUAUCUUCACUUUGCCUGUCUAACUGUAGAUUAAAUGUUGAUUUUCUACUGUUGA